AUGGAUGAUUCUAAGAGCUCAAGUCGUGCUAAGGAGAUGAAAUAUCCUUCGGAAGCUCCGUUAUGCCGGAUCUUCGUCGAUGGUGAGAUGAAUAUCACCAUCGACGAAGAAUCCGAGUCAUUGUUGAGCGAGGAAGAGGAUGAAGACGACUUUUCGAAGGACUGUACAUGCGAGGAUGCUUGGACAGUCCUAAAAAGUGUUGUCGUAGGAACGGCUUAUUGCGUUUAUUAUAUUCUCACCGGAAUAUUCUUGGUUUACAUUGGAUUUUUGCGGAUUCUGGCUAGAUUCAUCAAAAAUUCAUGGAUCUUUUUGUGCAGUGAUAGAGAUCAAAGGGAUGUAAAUGAGAUUUAUGGUAGGUAGAGUUGAGUUUUUUGUGAUUUGAAAGCGUUUUUGCAGUGAUCUGGUGAUAACGUUGACUAGUUUUUGAAGAGUUUUUUAAGAGAAGAUUAUGAGAUUUUCCGCGGAAUUAUUGAAUAUUAUCGCUCAAAAAAGUAUUAUUCUUACUAAAUUUAGCCAUGGACUAGCUAAGUGUAAUAUAUAAAUGCUCCGAAAAUGGACCAGAAACCCUCAACCAGCCAAGAAAACGCCGAAAACAGCGCUGAUAACGGCGAUAAUGACAUUCCGACCGAUGAAAAAAGUGGAAACAAACAUGGAAAUCCGGAUGAACUGUUAGGAAAACGCGGUAGUUUAGAGGAUUAUGAAGGAUCAACUGAUAAAAAGCAUAAUAAAAACCCUUCACAUGAUGAUCAACAUAAAUCUGAUGAUGUAGAAGAAGAAAACAAUAUCGACCGGUCGAAGGAACCAAAUUCAGAAGAUUUUGAGGAAAAAGUUGACGAUUCGGCCAAAAAACGUCGACGGAAAAGAUCGUCGAGCGACAGUAAACACAGUUUUGAAGAGCUCUCUACGGAGAAAAUAAAUAUCUCGUAUCCAACAACUUCUUCCUCGCCAUCAAUUUCUCUCUCGCCCAGUUCAUCGGAAGAUAGCGAGUCUAUUUCGCCGGUUUCGGCCUCGCAAUUGAAUGUGGAACAGAUUGAUGAACAAGAAAGUGAAGAAAAUAAUGGAAAAAAUGGGCUGGAAGACCAAGAAAUUCACAGAAAUGGCGCUGAAGAUGAUAUAAUCGACCUCCCGGUGAUUGAAACCAAGUCCGAAGAGCCGAAAAAGCCAUAUCCCAAGAAAAUGUCGACCCAAUCGGAUAUUUGGGCCGUCAGAUUUGAUGAUAUUCCCAUGCCGGUGGAGAAUGGAGCAAGCGGGAUGAGCAAUAGAGACCUCGAGACGAUGGAGAAAACACAAGAGAAACUGCUGAGACGUCAGAGAACUAAAGAUGGUAUACAAUGGAAUUCUGGGGGUUUUUUGAGGAAAUGGGAACUUUUUGGUGGAAAAAAUAUUUUUUUGAGGGAAGAUUGGGUAUUUUAUGGAAAAAAUUUUGAUUUUUUGAAACCCAAAGCUUCGAAAAGGCUGUCGAGGCAUAGAAUACAAAGUGAUCGUCGUUUGAAUAAGACAUGGUCUGUAAAAUUUGAAAAAAAUAAGGUGAUAACCAAAAAACUUGUCUAAAAUGCAGUGGGGUACCUGAUCCAAUGGCAAAAAACGUACCAUUUUGCAUCCGGGAAGUAUCAAAAAAUGUGGCAAAAUAACUCCCUCUCCAAGUGAAAAACUUCGAUUUCAAAAACCGUGCCCGCUCUUUUUGUGAGAGCCCUUCAAAACGAAGUUUUUUCACUUGGAGAGGGAAGCAUUUUGCCACAUUUUGUGACACUUCCCGGAUGCAAAAUGGUACGUUUUUUACCUCUGGAUUAGGUUCUCCGCUGUAAGGUGAAAGAUCAGAAAAUUCGGGAGAAUUUCCAUGUUAAUGUAGUCUAACAAGCUUGUUGUGAGGUAAAAUACGACAAAUCGUUUUUUCUUGCACAUAAUAUUCUCUUUUCCAGCGGUGGAAAGCGCCCUCGGCCACGCCAAGUCCUGGUUCCACACCGUUUACGAGGUCCUCUGGCGUCUCCUCGAACUGCACGCCGUCCGAAUAGUCCUAUUAUUGGUGGUCGUCCUCGCAGUCAACCACUUCUGUGCCAUAAAUUUUGUCGCAAUAUGUUUGGUGGUGGUCGGAGUUUGCCUACCGUCAUUGACGAGGCUAAUCUGCGUCUUCAUUUGCUCGUAUUUGGCGCUGGAAUUCUUGGCCAGACAGAUUUAUCAAAUGCAUUUUGUCCCGAAAGACCUGCUGGAUCGGACUUGUGGCCCCGACGACUUUUCUCAUCAGAAUUUGUCCACUUGGAUUGGCCUCAAUGACGGAGAUCCGAACAAUCCUUCGGCUGAUAUUGCACUCAUGAUCUUGACGAUUGCGUUGAUUGGAAUAUUGUUCGCCAUCAAGUAUAGGUAAGUGGGCUUGAGAUUUGUUGAUUGAACUUUAGAAAUAACUCGAUUUGAGGACGAAAAUUGAGGAUUUUAGACAUUUGAUGUCUAGUGCAAUAUAAAUUUUGUUGAAUUUUGAUUUUUUUUUUGUUAUUAGAGUUCUUUUUAUGUGUUAGAGAGGUUGCAAAAAGCCCGUAAAUUCAAAAAAAUUUUCAUGAUUGAGAUUUCGAUUAUCUAGUACAAUAUAAUUUUUGAUGAAAUACGGGCUUUUUCUUGAUUUUUGAAGGCAUAAAAUUUAUUUUAUAGAUUUUGAAGACCAAUUAAGGGCUAUGAAAUAAUCCUCAACACAGUUUGACACCUAAAAUUGAGAUUUUUUGACAAAAUUUAUAUUAUUUUAGGUAUUUUUGAUCCAAAAUUUUUAUUUAUCCCCCAAAUUUUUGCUGAUUUUCCCUUUCAGACAAAAGCAUUACCGCCAGAAGUAUGGAAUUGCCACACCACCACCGGGAAUCGUCUUCCCCGAAGCUGUGGAUGUCAGUAAUUUCGACCGGAGUCUUGUGGAUGGCUUCAAAGUCGCGGUCAACUACUUUUUCUACAAAUUUGGCCUCGAAAUGGCUCUAAUUGCCUCAGUGGUCGACGCAUGGCACCGAAUGGACCUCAUCGCCACACUCAUGUUGAUGUGGGUAUUCGUUUUUUGCAUGUCGCGAAGGUCGAUUUGCCGCGUUUUGUGGCCAUUUUACCUGCUCUUCUGCGCUUUCCUACUCCCAUAUGAGUAUGCAAUGGCUGUCGGAUACCCGUGUGUGGAGUACCCGUGGCAGGAAUGGCUCGGAAAAAAUCAGACCGACCUCAAUGAGAACCUGCUCCAGUUCUUGGACUUGGCCAGCGCAACGAAAGGCUCUUCCAAGCAUUUUGUGAGCCAAAUCGUCUUCGAUUUUGUUGUCCUCUUGUUUGUGGCGGCACAGGUAAGUUUUGGGCAGCUUUGGCGGGACUUUUGGCUAAUAAUUUUUAUAUUAUCCAUGGUGAUUUUAUCCAGUUUUUUGAAAGAUUUUGAUUGCGUAAAGAGUGGUAGGAUGUUUUGCGGGAGGUGGAGGCACAAAAAGCUAUUUGGAAGUGGGGUUUCAGGGCUAGAGAAAAAAAUUAUAUUAUCCGUGACAAAUUUUUGAUAAAAUUUUGAAUUUUUUUGAAGGAAGACGGGAAAUCAAGUGAUUUUGUAGGAUAAUAAGCAAUGAUGAAGGGUCAGAAAAUAAUUUUGGAAGGUUUUGACGACAAUUUUAUAUUAUCCAUGACGAUUUUUUGAUAAAAAUUUGAACUUUUUUUUGAAAGCUGGCUGAAAGUCAAGUGAUUUUGUAGGAUAAUAAGAAGCGAUGAAGGGUCAGAAAAUGAUUUUAGAAGGUUUUGACGAAAUUUUUAUAUUAUCCAUGACAAAAAAUUUUGAUUUUUUUUUGAGAGCGAGCUGGAAAUUAUGCGAUUUUGUAGGAUAAUAAGAAGCGAUGAAGGGUUGUAAAAUAAUUUUGGAAGUUUUUGGCGACAUUUUUAUAUUAUCCAUGACAAUUUUUUUUAAAUUUUUUGCCAAAAAUUGAAGUUGAAGUACUUGAAUUGGUGUGAUUUUUCAAUUAAUUAAUAGUAGUGACAAUUUUUCCUCCGAAAAAUUGAUUUCUUUUUAUUUUUUUUUAGGAAUUCACCUUCCGCAUUGAAGCUGCCGAACAUCCCGCCGGAAACAACUACUCCAUCUACCGAACCGGCGAGUUCAUCCUCCACCGCGACAACCCUCACUAUGACUUUGUGGCGGAGCAACGGAGCUUCGUGGACUACAUUAAAAUCGCCAUCUUCAUGUACGGCCACUGGCUCACAAUGAUCAUGGUUCUGGCGGCGGGCCUUGGAGGAACCUCGUUGUUCGCCCUCGGCUACCUGGUGCUGGCAUUCGCAAUGCUUUGGCAGGGCAAUAAUCUCUACAUCAUGCGGAAUUAUCGCAAAACUCUCAGCAAAUGGUACAUUUUGUUGGCGUAUAAUGUGGUCGCAAUGCUUUGGAAGGUGUCGUUACAGGUGAGAAUUGGGAGUUUAAGGGAGGAAAUGAAUUUUGUAAGGUGUAAUAGGGGUUUGGAUUAAAUUUGAAAGUGGCUUUGAGGGGUUUUGGUAAAAUUUUUGAAGUCGAAAAUUUUCAAUUUUUGAAGAUUUUUUGAAAUUUUUUUUUUAAAUAUUGGCCUUUAUCGAUGACUAGAGACUUGUCCUUUCAUUAUACAAAUUUUUAAAGAUAUAUUGCAUCUUUUUAGUUUUGAUUUGGGCUAUUUUUGAGCUUUUUUUUUGGAAUUUUCAAAACUCAAUUUUUGAAGAUUUUUUGAAAAAAAAUUUCUUUCAAUUUUGAUCUUUAUUGAUGACUAGAGACUUGUCCUUAAAUUUUGCAAAUUUUAAAAUGUAUAUUGCAUCUUUUUAGUUAUGUUUUGGGCUAUUUUUGAGCUUUUUUUUGGAAUUUUCAAAACUCAAUUUUUGAAGAUUUUUUGAAAAAAUUUUUCUUUUAGUUUUGAUCUUUAUUGAUGACUAGGGACUUGACCCUUCAUUAUACAAAUUUUUAAAGAUAUAUUGCAUCUUUUUGGUUAUGAUUUGGAUUAUUUUUGAGCUUUUUUUUUGGAAUUUAGGUACCUAAAAUAAUAUAAUUAAUAUAACCUUCAUUUCUCAGGUGAUCGCGUGCGUUUGGGUCGGCGAAAUGGACAAGCAAAACCUCUGCCCCGUCCGCCAACUGUUCAGCAUUGUGUGCGUGGACGAGGAGAUGCGCGAACGGCUCGGCAACUACGAAACCGGCUGCCCGGUCCAAGAAACCGAGACCCGGAUCGGCUUCGACACCUGGGCCUUCAUCUUCCUCGUCUUCCAAAUCCGCAUCUUCCAUUCGUACUUCUUCCAACGGUGCAUGGUCGACUUCCGCUGCGAGAUCAUUCAAGCCAGCCGAGGCGCGAUUUUGAUCAAUCAACUGGUCGAUAAACAGAUGAGGGAACAGUAUCAAAAUCAGGUCAAAAAGUUCAAGGAAAUCGCGGUCAGAGCGAAGGAAAUUCGAAGGCAGUAUGAGGAGCAGUUCAAAACAGCCGGCAAGAAUUAUUAUGUACCCGAAACUUAUGCUCAAGGUAGGUGUUGUCAUGGAUAAGAUAAAAAGUUUGAUUUUUUGGGGAAAUUUAGAUAGUUUUUGGGGAGAUUAUGGUAGUACAUGGUUGGUAAAGACUUGAAUUUGAUUUUUUUAUUAUGAAAAUUGUAUUUGAAGACCUGAGAUUUACGAUUUUUGAGAUUUUUUUCAAAAUUUCAAAUUUUUUUUUAAAAAUUUUUACUAAUUUUGGUGAAAGGUGAUAUAACUACAGUCCUAUGUGAUGUUGAUUUUCCGGGUGUUGGUGUCGCUUUAUUUUUUUAACUUUGUUUUACCAAAUUUUUUUAUUUUUCCCCAAUUUGAUGUGUAAGAUAAUGUUGUCCAAAAAAUAUUUGCAUUGUCCCCCAUAAUUAAAAAAUUAUUGGUCACAAUGCAAAUGAAUUCGAUUUCUUUUCCCUCUGAAGCAAAACGAGUGGUGGACGGCCGGCUUCUGGACUACCCCACCAACGCCGAACUGCUCCAAUGGAAACAUGAGGUGGAAACUGGUGGAUGUGAAGGCCUAAACUGCGAUCGGUGCUGUCAUAUUGCGGCCACAGAAGAUCUGGAUGACCCGUUGCCAACAUACGACCCGAGGUCGGACAGUAUCCGCUCAGAUCAGAGACGGAAAAUUGUCCAUACCCUGGGGCAUUAUCCUCGAAUGCAGCGAAGAGAAUCGUACCAUUUGGGUUAGAUCGGCGCCUAGCUUGACUAACAUGUGAUUCUAGCUUGAUUAACCGGGGGUUUCGGGUGUUUUAAAGGGAUAUCUGUGAGAUCUUCGCCAAAAUGUUGCUUAUUUUAUGUUGAUUUAGACACCUUGUCUUUUUGGGGUCAUAACUUUUAAUUUUCAUUGCCUAAUGAAACCAAAAACUGUUUUAAUUUGAAGCUAUGGAGUUAAUAAUGAUUCGCUUUCAGCCAAACGAGCCGGCGACUUCUACAUGUUCAACUAUGACCCGCAUUCGGAAGACGUCACCACGCCUGAAGAACAAUAUGUUCCCGAAGUCCUAGGCCAACCCCAGGGCAAGCUGGACCCAGCGCAAUUGAUCCACACCGCAGUCAGCAAAGACAUGGACCUCCAAGGCACGCUGGAUCGCGUCGCGGAGGCCGAGAAAAUCAUUGAUGAAGAGAAAAGAAUGAUCGAAGCGGUCAGAGAGGACCCCGAAGGAAUGAAGAAGAAAAUUCAGAAGCUGAAAGAACAAAAGGAACGCAUCGAUCGAGCCGCCGACAAACCGACCAGCUCCGCCAGCAAGGAGGACCUCCGGGAAACCCAGGAGGGCCUCGAACUCAGAGUCCGAACCCCAUCCGAACCUUCAACAUCAGAAUCGGAGAGCGAGGAAGAAGAGAAACCACCCAAACAGAUGGUCGAUUAUUUAUAUUCGGCUCUGAAAUUCCUGUUAAAAAUAUUAACGGCCAUCCUGCAUUGGCUCUCGGCCUUCUUCAACCGGUACUCGAGGGAACAUCGCUAUGUGGCGUAUGUGCUGGACAAGGAGAAGAUUCGGUUGAAGCACACCAUGGCUGAGGUAAGACACACGUCAAAGAAAAAGUGAAAAACAGGGAAUCUCGGAUCAUUGAUUUUUGACGAAAUGUCGCUGAAUUAUCGAGUCAUAAAAGAAAACUUUCCCAGAGAAAAAGUUUUUUUUCGUGAAAAAUGUUUUUUCGAAGAGAAAAAUAAUUUUUCUAUCUCGAUAAUUCUGUGGUACUUCGCAAAAAAUCAAUGAUCCGAGAUUCAUUGUUUUUUUUUCAAUUUUCUGAAAGAUUUUUUUUUUUGACGUGAGACAGGGUUUGAUUUUGCAUUUUUUUAUUUUUGUUGAUCUGUGGAUGUCUUGGAAUUGGGACGAUUGGGGAAACCGAAAAGUAUUAUUUUUCUUCCAUGCAAGUGUGAAAUUAGGAUAAUCGAGGGCGCUGAUUUCGAAAAUGACAUUCAUUUUUUUUUGAUAGUUACUUUUUUCCUUAAGUAGUACUGUAAAGUAGUAAUUUUUUGAAUUUUUUUUUCAUUAAUACUCGAUUUGGGGUUUUUGAUGGUGCUGAUUUCAAGACGGAAAAAAUGAAUUAGAUUUUCGAAAUCAGCACCAUCGAAACCCCCUAAAUCGAGUAUUUAUGAAAAAAUUAAAAAAAUUACUACUUUACAGUACUACUUAAGGAAAAAAGUAAAGAUCAAAAAAAAUGAAUGUCAUUUUCGAAAUCACCACCCUCGAUUAUCCUAAUUUCACACUUGCAUCGAAGAAAAAUAAUAAUUUUCGGUUCCCCAAUCGUCUUUCCCCCAAUCCUCCCAGUUCCAAAACCUCCACAGACCCAAAAAACAAAACAAUCAAAUCCUUAUGGUGUCUGUAUUAUCUUGAAUGAUUCCAGGUCCUCUACGACGCCGAUCAGACCACCCAGAACCUCCGCGCCGAGUGGAAAAAGCGCGGCCUUCAGAUCGUGGCGUCGGCCGAAGACGUCGGUCGCGUCGAAGAAGAAGCCCAAGCCCGCUGGGAGCAACGACACGUCGUCACGAAGUUUGUCAUCUCCUACGUCAGCUUUAUCACCGCCUACACGCACAUUGUCUGCUAUAUUUUCGCGGUCUGGGCCCAUGCCUACUGCGGAGGCCUAAUCACCCUCCCAUUGCCCUUGAUGGUCUUCCUUUGGGGCUCCCUCUGCAACCCCCGACCACCCAAGUUCUUCUGGAUCUGCAUGAUUUUGUACACGGAGCUGGUUAUCAUUGUGAAAUUUGUGUGCCAAUUCGGCUUUAUCGCCAAUCCGUCCACCACGAAUACCAACACGGAAUGGUGGGAAUUGCAUCAUUUGCUCGGCGUCCAGCAACGAAACUACUUCUCAGUUGUGGAUGUGGCGCUACUAGUCGCCCUGUUCGCGCACAGGUACAUGCUGAGGAGGAUCGGCCUCUGGAAGGACGCAAAUACCGCCGAAACUUUUGUCGAUGAGAAUGGAUCCCCAAAAAGAAAUGGCUCGCCAAUCCCGCCAGUCUUCGAUUUGGAUAAGGCAUGUGGGACCAAAAGAGAGCUGGAGAAACAGAGAAAAGAUUGCUGGGAAAUAGUUGGGGAUUCUGCCCUAGGGCAAGGUGAAAAUUGAGCUGAAAACGAGGGGUGUUUUUUAAGGAAAAUUGGGAAAUUUUUUAUUUUUAUGGUUUUAUAAAGGGUUGUAAAUGAUAAAAUAAGCUGAAAUAGUAGGAAAUAUAGAGGUUAAAGAGUAGCCUAGUUGUUUAUAUUGCUUUAACGGGGAUAUUUUGCUAGUUAGGGGACAUUUUAUACGAAAAUUUUACGGAAUUCUAAUAUUUUUUGAAUUUUUUAAAAUUUUUGUUUUUAUCAUUGAAAAUGACGUGUAAAUUGAAAACUAUUAUGGUUUAUAUAGCCUUCAAGACUAAAUGUAAUUAACAACGAUACGAAAACUUUUUGUUUUCAUUUUGAAAUACGGAUUUUUUCAGAUUAAACUUGACCUCUCGGACAGUCAAAUUGAAAAUGAAGAAGAAAGAGAAAAGGAAGCCCGAAAAGAGCCCUCAAGCGCGAUUGGAAGAUUCUUUGAUGCUCUAUUAUACCCACGGAUCAGGUAUAUCAGAGAUUUCUACCCAUACAUCUUCUUCCUCGACAUUUUCUGCAUCCUGAUCUUGACCUUCCAAUAUCAAUCUUUUGGUGAAUUGUCGCAAGAACAAUUGAGUUUGUUGGAUGUAAGUGGACUUAUUGGAAGAUUGGGGGAAUGAAGAAUGGAUUAGGGUAUUUUUAAUAGUCAAUAUUGAACAUGCGAGAAUUUUUGAUAUUACUCAUGGUGAAUAUAAUUUUUUUAGUUUUGAUAUGAAAGAUCUAGAAGAGCUUGCGUAUUUUACAAAUUCAAUCAUUUAUUGAGUUAACGAAUGCAUUUCCAGAGCUCUCGAGUCCCGCUGAUGUUUGUGGUGAUGCUUUUCGCCUCCUUCACCAUGAUCAUCAUUGAACGCGCCCUGUACCUGAGAAAGGCGGUGUUCUGGAAGCUGAUUUAUCAUGUCUUCCUCAUCGCAUUCUUGCACAUUUGGGUCAUGAUCCUACUCCCAAUCAUCACGAGAAAGUGAGUUAUUUGAAUUUGGAAAUGAAGUGAGGGCGCGAGCUGCCACAUUUAAAAGAUGAGGAAAUGGCUUGGUAUAGGGUAAACAUAAGUUGGUAAAGCGAUUUGUAAAGCUCUAAUUGAAUUCAGUAAAUUUUAAGUCAUUUUUUUGUAUUUUGGGGAAUCAUAGGGCGCGAGCUGCCGAUAUGAAAUUGUUGAAUUUCGUGAUAAAAAACAUGGAAAUGGGUUUCAAAAGCGUUUAGUUUUAAUGGGAAUUUAAUUCAGAGGUUUGAAAAGUGAAUUUGAGAGAUUUUUGUAAUGUAGGGCGCAGGCUGCCGACUUAAAAUUAUGAAUAUUAUUUCCAGAAAAGUAGUGGAAAAUAAGCCAGCCCAGUUCUUCUACAUGGUGAAGUGUCUGCAAAUCCUGGUCAGUGCGUGGCAAUUGCGCAACGGCUAUCCUCGACUUUGCACCGGAAAUCUGCUCACCCACUCGUACGGCAUGAUAAAUUACGGACUUUUCUACGUUUUCAUGAUGCUGCCCUUCGUUUUCGAGCUGCGCACGAUGAUCGACUGGACCUGGACGGACACGACAAUGCCCAUCUUUGAUUUCAUCAAGAUGGAAAUGUUCUACGCCAAGAUCUACAUCAUCAAAUGUGGCCGAGUUUUGGAGCAAAAUUUCCCCGUUCCUCGAGGCAUUCCGCGCGGCAAAAUGAUCAAAUACAUGUACGGAAUCCCCGGAAUUUUUGGCGUCAUCAUCCUAAUGUUGAGCCCGCUGCUCGCGUUCGCCCUCCUCAACCGAAUCGGGCAGCACUUGACCCCGCAGAACAUGAAGAUGCACGUCAGCUUGGAGGGCUUCCCACCCCUUUAUCAGAUGACCUCACAAGGCGUCGACAUGGUCGAGUUGGGCAGCGCCCGCAACAGUUUGCUCAGCCACAUCGAGGCCCUCGGAAAGAACAACGCCACCGAGCGCACGCGACGCGCAAUCUCCUUCACCAAGGACUACGAAGGCGAGGAUAUUUAUCGCAUUAAAUUGCGCCCCGAGUCCGAUGUUUGGUGGCCAAUCUCACAGGAAUCCAUGGACGCUAUGGUCAAGGAACUGGAAAUGGUCGUGAAGCGCAACAAAACCUUGUUCUUGAACAUCCAUCUGGAAUUCACAAGGAUCCGAGUGAACAAGGAAAAAGAACCCUCGAUACACUCGAAUGACUAUCAAAUCAAUGUCAAAGACUUUGCUGCUGAUUUGGUGGAUGCUAUUGACAAGGCCAACCGCACCGCUGACACCCCCAAAACUGUAAAAGUACCAGCCGCAAUCCCCUAUUUCCUCGUCGUCCCGAAUGAAGGCCAGUUGAGAGAAGCGGACGUGAUUAAUAGGGUCGUGCAGGGCGAGUGCGACAAAAAUCAACCCGAUCUGGAAUGCCUAAGGAAUCAGACGUACUUGGCGUUGGAAAUGAAGCUGAUCGGAACGAAUGAUGUGAGGAUUUUUGAUGAUUUUUGGGGAUUUUUUGAAAUUUUGGGGGUUUUUUGCGGUUUUUGUGGGGAAAGUGAAAUAACCGCGAUUUUUUGGAAGUUUAGACAAUGAGGAUUAUAACUGGAUAUAAUUUAGCGAUUUUUGGGACUCAUUUUUUUUUUUUUUUUUUUUUUUUUGAAAUUUUUAUCGAAAUUUGAAAUCUGAAAAACCAAGUUUUCUUUUUGCGAUACAUGGACUUUAAAUAGCAGUUUGAGCCAUAAAUCAUCGAUUUUCAGCACAAACAAUUCCUCUGGAAGAUACAAGCCACCAACCCCACCCUCGACGCUUUCGGAAUCCCCACGGAAACGACCGAUUACGGCUACGACGGCUUGAAAUACGUUCAGAUUAUCGCAUUUGUGGACAGAGUGUUCCCAGCCAUCUUCAGCAAGUUCACACAGGGAGGGUAAGUGAAUUUUAGACAGAAUUUUGGGAUUUUUUGAAAAAUUUUGGAUUACGGUAGUUUUUGAGAUGAAAAUUGGUGAAAAAAUAAAGGUAAACGAUUAGUUCAUGUGGAUUUUUAACGUCUGGAGAACUCUGUUCUAUUCGUUUAGCCAUCCCGACCUAAUUUUUUCGAAUGCCAAGAAUACGGUAGUUUUCGUGGUGGGACCCAAAUUUGUGUUGUAAGGUGAAUACGAUUGAUUACAAGUCGUCCUAAGCCUUUAGGGAGUGUUCUGAAUCAUUUCAGACAAAUUUUUUGUAAUGCCAAGGAUACGGCAGUUUUCGUGGUGGGACCCAAAAAAAUUCUGAAUAAAUAGAUUUUUUUCGAUUUUCAUGCCGUAAAUUACCUAAUCAUGUCGUGUUUUCAGCAUAUUAGCGAUGUACAUUGCGGUGGUGUACUUGGGCGCCCGUUUGUUGCGAUCAGUCAUCAGCAGCGAGCCGACCGACGUCAUAAUUCAGGAAAUGCCGAACCCCGACUACCUCCUCAAGAUCUGCCAGGACAUUUACCUCGUCCGUGAAGCGCGCGACUUCAUCCUGGAAGAGGACCUGUUCGCCAAACUGAUCUUCCUCUUCAGAUCGCCCGCAACUUUGAUCAAAUGGACCCGGUCCAAGGUCAAAUCGGAUUAA